UUGUGUACCUGCUGCUAGUAGGUCUCAGCUCUGCAGAGAGGACGGACACGCUCGCGGUUUGGAGUCAGAUGUUUCGGACUCUGUCUCCAGCCUUUAGUUUUUAAAGUAGUUAUCUGAUGUGUAAAUCUGGAGACAACUUGCUCCAACAUAGGACAGUGCUGCACGCGAAGGAAUGCGUGUUGUUAACAACGUCUGAAAAUACAGGCCAGAAAAAACAGCAGCGUGUGGUCAGGAUGGACGGCGUAAGUGUUGCCCGUGUUUUGUCAAACUGCAGGCCGUACGUUGCCGGAGUUUCACCCGAUGAAAACACUCCGGUUGGGAAGGCUCCGUCCCAGCUGUGCGUGAAAAAGCAAGCCGUGAAGAGACACCAUCACAAACACAACCUGAAGCACAGGUACGAGUUUCUGGAGACUCUCGGGAAGGGAACCUAUGGCAAGGUGAAGAAAGCCAAGGAAAGAUCCGGUAAACUGGUUGCCAUUAAGUCGAUCAGAAAGGAGAAGAUCAAGGAUGAGCAAGACCUGGUUCAUAUUCGCAGAGAAAUUGAGAUCAUGUCCUCACUCUGCCAUCCGCACAUCAUCACCAUAUAUGAAGUAUUUGAAAACAAAGACAAAAUUGUGAUCGUGAUGGAGUACGCCAGCCGAGGGGACCUGUAUGACUACAUCUGUGACAAGAGGACCAUCUCUGAACGCGAGGCCAGGCACUUCUUCAGGCAAAUUGUAUCAGCUGUGCACUACUGCCAUCAGAAUGGGAUAGUACACCGGGACCUGAAACUGGAGAAUAUUUUACUAGAUGGCAACGGCAAUGUGAAGAUUGCAGACUUUGGCCUGUCGAACCUCUACCAUGGUGAUGAGUAUCUUCAAACCUUUUGCGGCAGCCCUCUGUAUGCUUCUCCAGAGAUUGUCAAUGGACGGCCGUACCAUGGGCCAGAAGUGGACACUUGGUCUCUUGGUGUGCUGUUAUACACGAUGGUUCAUGGCACCAUGCCAUUUGAUGGACUCAACCACAAGACACUGGUCCAACAGAUAAGCACCGGAAACUACCGGAAACCGAACAACCCUUCUGAUGCAUGUGGGCUUAUCCGCUGGAUGCUGAUGGUAAAUCCUGAGCGCAGAGCCACAAUAGAGGAAAUUGCAGGACACUGGUGGCUCAACUGGGGCUACCAGCAGCCAUUACUGGCUGAGACAAAGAACAGUCUAGUAGAGCAGACCGCUUCACCAGCCUCUCCCUCAAUAUCACACCCUGCUGGGGUUUCUGGUGUUGCUAGUUGGCUUCGCCGCACAUCCAGGCCUUUACUGGAGAACGGCUCCAAGAUGCGCUGCCUGCUCCGCUCACAGGGCUGUGGAGGGGAUGUAGUCCGGCAGCGCUCUCUGCGAAGGUCCCGAAAGGAAAACAAUGUCUCCCAGACUGGUCAUGAAGUAAGCACAGACAGUCGCCCCUCUAAGGGUAUUUUAAAGAGACGCAGCAGUGUAAAGCAGAAAGCAGUGAAUGAAACCCCUGCUGUAGGGUCAGCGGAGCCACAGAAGAUUUUGGGUUUGUCUGCCCCAGCCAAUGCCCCUUCAGCAGCAUUGCAGCCCCGCAAAGGCAUCCUAAAGAAGCCCACAGAACAAGAGUCGGGUUACUACUCCUCGUCUCCCGAGAACAGUGACUCUGGCUGGGCACUUCAAAGUAAAGAGUGCCCCUCAGCACCAACCUAUACUAAAGGCAUCUUGAAGCGCAAUGGAAAGUUCUCGUCAGGUGGACUGCAGGAGUUUGGCUCUCUGGACCAGCUGGCAGCUUCUUUACCCUGUGGAGGCGCCAGGUCAAGACCGAGUGGGGCCAUCAGUGAGGACAGCAUUCUGUCUUCUGAGUCCUUUGACCAGCUGGAUCUACCGGACCGUGUAGGACCACCAACAAAAAUGGAUAAACAAGCCAAGGCUAGCAUGAGAGGAUGCGUGUCUGCUGACAACCUGCUGGACAUCCAGGAAGACGGGAUUCUUGGAGAUGGGUCACUGAGGCCCUGGAACUACUACAAGUCUGAUAUGGCUGACAGUGCCUUUUCCAUCACAGACUGUGAUAAUGUAACAGAGGCUUACAAACAGGCCAUUGUUAUAAGAGGCUCUGCAGCAAGCUGAAGACCAGUAAUUAGUUAAGGACUUGGUUUUUCAGUCUGAAUUUUUAAUUGACUGUAAACUACUGAAGACACGGUAGCCAGGACACUGCAGUGAUGUUUUUUUUUUUUGGGGGCUAACUUCAGGAAUUACACAGUGCCAAAAAAGGGAGACUUCUUGUUAAACUUCAGAUUGUAUUUUAGAUGGCGAUUGAGAAAGGAUACUUAUAUGAGUUUAUAAAAAGUGUGCCAUUUGAGUAAAAUAACAGCAUUUUAUCAGUGCUGCAGUUGAAAAUGUCCAUUUCAGAGAUCCUCAGGAGAGGAGAGCUGCCGUUGGUCAAUCAGGAGCUCUAAUUUUCAACAUGAGAGCUUACUAUCAAACGUGUAGUUAAUGCAAAAAGUCAUCCUGAAACCAAAACAAUGGUCUUCAAUGUCAUAAAAUAAGUAUGUAGAACACUUUGCUCAUAAACUAGGAAACAGUGACAGUAGGGCUAUUGUAUGAAUAUUGCUUAAGCCACAAAGUCGAUGUCUUUUAUUGUCCAAGGGACAGUUUGAGAAAGUGUUUGACUUAACAGCUCUUUGGAUUCUAGCUUUGUGAUGGAUAAACGCAAGGUUGACAAAUGAUCAGCUACUAUAACCGCAAUAACACAGGUUCAAUGUUAGGAUGGGGGUCAUUCUUUACCAAUAUACUACAGCGUUGAGUGUGUUUUUUUAGGAUGUGGGGAAAAUGACAUUUCAUGGAUACCAAAGAGCAAAUGUGCUAAUGUUGUUGGACUUUUUUGUUCAUCAUUAUUUAAAGCACCAGCAAAAAGUGCCAAGGGGACGUUUGUUUAUUUGAAACAGGGACUUUUUUUUUUGUAUGGUUUUGUUUUUCUUGUAAUGACUUGUUCUAAUUUUGGAUAAUGACUUGAAUAAUAACCAUGACACGCAUGACUCACAAGCGUAACCAGUAGAACCUGCUUUUGCUCCCAAGGCUGCGCUGAUACAAGUGCACAGGUGGCCACUCACUCUCUGUAUGCACGUGGCAAUUUCACAGAAAAGGUGGGGCUCAUUUAGUCAUUUAAGUGUUUUGUGAAGGUCACAUGUUGAAAUUUGAAAAACAGUAACGUGUGUUUUGAGAGUGAACCACGAGCGCCAGCUAACUACUGGAUGCUGUGUAUAAUGUGGCAGAUGCUUAAUGUAUAACCUUUCAACUGGCUUUUCAAGAUCAGUCAUGGAGAUCAGGUGUACUGAACUUUAUAUUUUAAAUUAAAAUGCAGACGCCUGGGGUGGAACAGUAUUUCGCAAAGCUGGAUUAGAAGUUUAACCAUCUAACUGUUAAAAAGAAAAGUACAAUAUUACAUCCUUGUGACUCAAACGGUAAAAACAAAGCGUAUAUAGUAGCUUUAAAAGUAAAAUCAUGAAUAAUGCAUGCUGCUGACGAUCAUUAAUUAAGUUUGACAAGAGAUGUCAUACCACGUUUUAUCGUUAUCUGGUUGACUUCCUAAUCCUGCUUAAUGAAAUACCUCUUGGUGGUCAGAGAAAGGAAUAUCAGUAUGUUGUUUGUUUCUGGAGUUACUUAAAUGGAUUGGCAUGCUUGGCAUUAAAUGACAAUAUCAAGCCUGUGCCUGGAAUAGCACUAUAUCAGACCAUCAACACCUGUUAACCACACAGUUUAUGUAUAAGCUGCUUCAUCUAAGUAAGCAUUGAGUUCUUGAAAGAAAUGUCGCACAAGGCCAUACCCAGAAGCUGCAAAACACUGGUGUUCAGAAACUGGAAUGUAAAAACUGUAUUUUCAGUUAUUAUGGUUAUUUAUGGUUAAUUUGGAAUUUCAUCAGGAAUGUAUGUAUACAAAACUAAACUAGUUAUUCCCUAAUUUCACCUGGAGGCUCUUGUCAUUCAUGUCACGGACAACUGGUAAUGUAUCACUGAAGUGUGACACAGAGGGGGGGGGGGAAAGUGGUCUAGACAGGUGUAAAAUGGAAUCGGUUUUUUUUCUCCUUUUCUUUUCUUUUUUUGUACAAUAUAAAGUGCAUUCGGCCAUUUCAUCACCAUCUUUCUCUCUCCCUUGUCACAGAAGUUUUAAGUAUGCAGGCCAUAUUCAUGUUUUUCUUUGACAGCAACAAAAACCGAGUUUGCCAAAGUUACUGGCUUAUCAUUUAUAUGACUGUGUGAUCUGCCAUGCUGUUGUGACCGGGAUGAGGAAAUCAAUUAAAAAAAAAAACCACAAAGAACUCAA